UCGCUCGUCCCCAGAGGUUUCGAAUCCUCUCCAUUGGAGCACGAAUAUCGAGCACAUCGCCUUGUUUUCAUCAAAAUGGGAGACAAGAAGGCUGUUGUGGAGCCCGCCUCCGAGAAGCAGGAUGUGGAAAUGGUCGAGAUGGUGGACUCCGCUUCGGAUAGAGGAGCCAAGACCGAUUCCCUGAGAGACCGACUUCGCGUCAACGUCGACGGAAACGAGGACGAUGCCCCUUUCAAGCUGAACGCGCGCCUUGUUAUGGCUCUUGUGGGCUGCAGUUUCGCCUUCGCCGGCUCGCAAUUGAUUCCGCUAUCCUUCUUCACCCUCUAUACCUUCAUCGCCAAAGAUUUUGGAGAAACCAACUUCGUCUGGCUGAAGGCCGCCAACUGGACCGGCCAGAUCGGCGCCGCAUGUACCCUGGGGCCUCUCUCCGAUCUUCUCGGUCGCAAGCCCAUGUUCAUGGCUGGCAUCUCUUUGUCUAUGCUCGGCAUGAUUGUGUGCGCCUCGACCCCUACCGCCAGCGGCUUCAUCGCCGGUCAAGCUCUGGCCGGUUUCGGGCUCAUGGCCGAAGAACUCCUCGCUCUUGCCGUCACCGCGGAGCUCGUGCCGACCUCGAAACGAGCCGUUUACGGGGCCGCGAUGAUUGCUGGUUUCAUUCCCUGGGCACCCGGUGCGUUGUACGCCCAGCUGAUUGCCAUGUACAAUUGGAGAUGGAUUGGCUGCAUGAUUGCUAUCUGGCACUUGCUGGCUCUGGCCAUGAUUGCUGGGUUCUACAAGCCACCGCCCAGAGUUGCUCACCAAAGCGAAUCUAGGAAAGAAAUCAUUCAGAAGAUCGAUAUAGUUGGCAUUGCCCUUGGCAUCACUGGGUUUGUGGUUUUCCUCGUCGGCCUCAACUGGGGAGGCCAGACGUAUCCUUGGGCGUCGGUUCAAGUUGGGUGUGCUCUAGGCUUUGGCUUGUUCACCGUCAUUCUGUUUAUUUGCUGGGAAAUGUUCGGCGCCAAGUACCCGUUGUUCCCUCGUCGGCUCGUCCAAGUCAAGAGUACCUUCUGGGCCAUCAUGCUGGUCAUCUUCGCUGCCGGGAUCAACUACGUUCCUCUCGCCAUCUUCUGGCCCAUCGAAUCCAUCAGUGUCUUCAACUCGAACCACAAAGAGACAGGACUCAAUACCGUUCCUGUUGGCCUCUGCAUUCUCGGUGGCGCCAUCAUCUCCGCCGGAUUCUGCGGGAAAUGGCCGCAGCAUUGCCGUUUGAUCAUGACAUUCUUCUGCAUCAUGCAAACAGCUGGUGUCGGCGCCAUGGCCGCCAUUGAUCCUCACAAUAUUAACACCGCGUGGCCCCCGCUUAUCAUCGGCCUCGUUGGAGUCGGCGGGGUGCUAUUCCCCAACCAAAUCAUCGUCACCGUCAUCACCCCCGACGAUCUCCUGGCCACCGUCACGUCGCUCACCUUCGUCAUCCGCGGCGUCAGCCAGUCGGUGGCGUUAGCCCUGCUCCAGAAUCGUUUCGUCGCCGCCGUGACGGCGAACGCUUUAAAGCUCGUGGCUCCCGCCGCCAUCAAAGCCGGCCUGACGAGCGUCCCGCAGAUCACCGAACUGGUCAACUCGCUCACAGCGGUGCCAUUCAAGGAGUAUGUGCCCCAGAUGUUGCCGAUGGUCAAUACGACCGAGAAAUAUGACAUGCUCUUCGAGGCCACCGUGCAAACCUUUGGCAAGAGCUUCCCCACCUUGUAUUACAUUGGCCUCGGGUUUGGGAUUGUCGGAUGCAUCGCCUCGAUUUUGGUGGGGGAUAUGUCCAAGUACAUGGACGAGCACGUGGCUGUCCAUAUUCACUGAUCGCGUUACGUUACGAAUGUACUCGACCUAGCUCCGCGUUGGAAUUUGAUUGAUAGAAUAUGUCUAACUACCAAUAUAUUGAACGUGCCGCACGUCCCAUUUUGAUUUUGCCUGAUCGCUCGGACCACGCGCUAGAACCGCUAGAACCUAAAACCGUGACAGGCUGAUUGGCAAUUACUUUUCCGAGAC